AUGACCAUGCUCCCCCCCGAUGAGCUCCCCGAUGAUUUCUACCUCCCCAUGGCGGUGCCGGGGGGGAACCUCUCGGCCCUGAGCCCCUUCCUGGUGCCGCAGACGCACCUGGGCAGCGCGGGGCUCUUUGGCGCCAUGGCGGCCUUCAUGGCGGCGCUGGUGGCGCUGGGGGUGCCGGUGAACGCGCUCACCAUCGCCUGCAGCGCGCGGUACCGCAAGCUCCGCUCCCACCUCAACUACAUCCUGGUGAACCUGGCGCUGGCCAACCUGCUCGUGCUGCUCGUGGGCUCCACCACCGCCGCCUACUGCUUCGCCAGGACAUACUUUGUACUGGGGCCGGCGGCCUGCAAGCUGGAGGGCUUCAUGGCCACCCUCGGAGGCAUGGUGAGCCUCUGGUCCUUGGCCGUGGUGGCCUUCGAGCGGUUCCUGGUCAUCUGCAAGCCCCUGGGCUCCUUCUCCUUCCGGCCGGGCCACGCCCUGCUCGGCUGCGCCCUCACCUGGGCCUGCGGCCUCGCUGCGGCCACGCCCCCGCUGCUGGGAUGGAGCCGGUACAUCCCCGAGGGGCUGCAGUGCUCCUGCGGCCCGGACUGGUACACCACCAACAACCGCUGGCACAACGAGUCCUACGUCCUCUUCCUCUUCCUCUUCUGCUUCGGGGUCCCCCUCAGCGUCAUCGUCUUCUGCUACGGCCGCCUCCUGCUCACCCUGCGCAAGGUGGCUCGCCAGCAGGAGCAGUCGGCCAGCACGCAGAAGGCGGAGCGCGAGGUCUCGCGCAUGGUGGUGGUCAUGGUGCUGGGCUUCCUGGCCUGCUGGGGGCCCUACGCCGCCUUCGCGCUCUGGGCCGUGGCCAACCGCGGCCGCGCCCUCGAGCCCGCCCUCGCCUCCGUGCCCUCCGUCUUCUCCAAGGCCUCCACGGUUUACAACCCCGUCAUCUACGUGCUCAUGAACAAGCAGGUACAGGGAGAUAUGGGG